CGUGGACUGGACGUUGUUGCUGUUUUUUUAUAAAAAUAUAAAAUACCGGUUAUUCCUGUCGUGGAUUCAGGUAUUGUUAACGUCACCAAAUUUGUGUGUGAUUUGCUUGGACAAUAAAUGGAGUGACCAAUUCAGAUAUCGAGCGGGUGUUUGUGAAUGCGUGGCGCACUCUAUCGGGGUUUAGCAGCGUGAGGUCGCGAGACGUGCGGGACGGGGGCUUCCUCCCCCUACUUCAGUUUCUGCGGCGAGUUUGUACGGACAGGACGUGUUGCUGCGCGAGAAGAUAACAGAAGCGUUCGCGCGGCAACUUUGAACAGUGACAGGGCACGGAGAGUAAAUUGUGAUAGAAAUGUGUGUCGGAUUGCGGUGCGCUACAAAUUGGAUGCAGUGAUCGGAUCACAAUAAUUGGAUUACAGUGCUUUUUGGAUUUGGAUUUCUGUUUUUAACCACCAUCCAAACUGGGGAUGCACAAGAUGGAGCUCGGCGACAGCGUGUACGCCGCUGAGCGUAUCAUGAAGAAGAGAAUUAGAAAGAACAAAGUGGAGUACUACGUGAAAUGGAGAGGGUGGAAACCGAAGCACAACACCUGGGAGCCGGAGGAAAACAUUCUCGACCCGCGGCUCAUAGAGAGCUACGAACGAGGCGAAGAGUUGCGGCGACAGGGCCGAAAGCGGGAGAGGGAGCAUUCGCCCGUCGAACGAGUGCGAAGCGGAUCCGAGGAACGGCAUCCGCCACCUGGGAAACGCAAGGCGGAAGUCCUUUCGAAGGAAUCUGGGAAAAUCGGAGUAACCAUCACUAUGAGUCCGCCAGCAAAACGUCACGAUUCUACGAAACUAAACGGUGGAAGAACGCACACGCAACCCCCACCUCCUGCAGCCCCACCCGGCGGAGCGGCAGCCCCGGCGUCUCCGGCAGUGGAAGCGGCUGCCCCCAGGACAGGCCCGCGGAGAGCGCCGCACUCACCUGAGGAGGCAGAUGCGCAUACACCGCCAGACAGAGAACGACGAUCCGAUACCCAACCUGCAGCCACGGCACCGGCAGAGCCGAAAGGUGCCCGGCCACCGCCACCCGCCCCCCAACCCGAGGACGAGGACUCCUGGGGUGAAGCGCCCGUAACUGUUCCGAACCCUCCCCCGCCCCAACCUCGUCGUGGAGCCUCGUUCUGGCUGGCGCGAUCUCCAGUCGCCGACCAAAUCUUCAUAACGGAUGUGACCGUCAAUCUCCAAACGGUCACGAUCAGAGAAUGUCGCACAGAGAAAGGAUUCUUUCGGGGGCGUGAAAAGCGGCCACUCGAUUUAACAUAAACUCCCCGAGUGUUUCCAUGUACAAAUUAUUAUUAAUGGACAUUGUAAAGAUGAUAGGUAGCUAGUAUUUAUUUAGUUGUUGCAUUGAAUGUAUGGUGAUUAGACCAUCGAGUGAUAUAUUUGAUUCUUCUAUGCCUCAUUGAAUCAUAAUAUAAAGAUAAAUUUUCCCUGCGCAACCUCAAGGGCAAUAUAACCACCAACAUGUAAACAAAUAGGCAAAUUAUUGUCAAUUGUUAAACAUAGAAUGUCUAUUAUUUGUUGACUUAUUGAUAAUAAUAAUGAUAUUGACUGGUAAUUGUACCUCCCAGUAUACUACUUUACUGUAAUGUACAUUAGUUUAAUAGCUCUAUUGCUUUAAUGUGAAUUUUAUAUAAUAUCUGACGUAACUACAUAUAUAUCUGCAGCUUAAUUUUGUAAACAAUUACCAUAGUGUAAUAUAAAUUUCUAUUACCAAUAAAUAAUCAUGAUAUAUAUAUUUUAAUAUAGGCAGUUUAGUUUGAUAAAUUAAAAUGUUAAUAAUAUUCAAUUUCAUGAACGAAUCUCGUGUGACUCGACCUUUAUAAUUAUUAGUAGGGAACUGUAUAUAAGUUAGUUUCGUUUGUAAUUGAAACAAUGGUGAAUGUGUUUAAAUAUUCUUUGUUUUAUUUUUGUUAUUGUUAUUUAUGCGAGCUUCAUUUUAAAUGUUCCAUUAUUCUAUGUGAUUCUCAGAUUAUUUUAUCUUUUAUUAUGAGAUAUUGUCUAUGAUACUACAUAGUUAAAAGUAUUUUGAAAAUAAUAAUUCAAGGACAUAAUCAUCUUAUAAUACAAUAGUCAAAUAAUUAUUUAAUUUAUUAACCCAAAACGCUGUUUAUGAAAUGAGCUAAUUGUUUUGUUUGUGUAAAUAUGUUUUUUUUUUUUUUUAAUUAUAAAAUUUAAUGAUCAGGGUUACCAUAUUGCUUAGAAAUGUCAAAAUAUUACAAUACUUGCAUACUGAUAUAAAAUAUGCUUAAACAGAAAUAAUUUAUAUAAAUACUAUAUAAUUUUCUUUGAUAAUUUGAAGUCGAUAGCAGCAAGGGUAACUCUUUUCACAUUAGCUUCAUGGUCCGGAAUACCAUUGUACAAUUUAAUGUCUAUUGUUAUAACUAUUAUUUGGUUCCUCUUAUUUAGUAAAAUGUGGAGGUGUGAACUCGUAUUUCUAAGUUUUAGGUGAUUACUUAAUAAAACAAUUUUAACGAUUAUAUAUAAAAUUUUGACUUUAAAAUAGUCUAAGACUGGAAUUUAUAAUAGCAUAUGUUUUCUUUAAUACUACAUUUUAUACGUAUUUUAAUAUCUUCAAUUAUUAUAAAAUAUUAUAAACCUCUCGCAGUAUAAUGUGAAUUAAUGAAACCAUAAAAUUGUUUUAUCUAAAGUACUUUUGAGUUAAAUAGUGCAUUUUAAUAGGAAGAGUUGUAAAUAUUGUAAAUAUUUUAGUAUGAUAGAGCACUUGUUUUAUAAUGUGAUAGUCCUCACACAUUGUAGCCUGUAAAUAAAUGACAAUGAAAUUAGA